UUCGUGCAAUCGGUCCCUGGCAGUGAAAGUGUCAGAUAAAUUUUACUCUUCGGCCGAGAAGGCCUAGUUUUCGUGUCGUGUUUGGACCCAUAAGUGAAGUCCAGCUUUGUUUGUUUUCGAUGUGUCUGAUCUGGUCCAAGCAUCCAGCCAUCACCGGACAUUAUCUGUGCUAGAAAAGUCACGCGAACCAGGACGGCAUACAGUGUUCCGAAAAAAAAACUAAUUCGCGGAUUUUCCGAUGGUGAUUGCGUCGUACGGCGAAUUUUGAAAUUCGUUUGCAGAUAGAAAAAUGGCCGAUUCUGAUUGGAAGAGCCGUGUGGGAAUUGAUAUCAAUUUCAGUUCUGGCGACGAAGACGACGAUGAUAGCAGCAGCACGGUGGUAAUCCCAUCCUUUGACGACGCGGAUUUCGGUGGUUGUUCCCACUCGCUGGACAUCGAAGACACGCUCCGGGCUUCUUCGGUAGACGACGUACUCAGCCAGUACGAACAGUAUGGUAGCACGCCCCCUCGGACCAGAAUAAAGAACAAAAGCAGAAGUUCCAGACAAAGAAUGGAGGGUCCAGUAAAAAUGCGAACCGGUGGACGACUGGCGCGGCCACGUGCCGAUCGACGCAACACAGUUGACUGUGCGAUUCUCAAUCAGUUGAUUAUGGAACCGAAUGGGGAGGAAAAAACGCGUAGCGAUAAGAGAUCGACGCAAUUGCUGCGUGAAUCGGAGCGUGAGAUAAAAAUGGCCGCUGCAGUGAAUACAGUGUUUACAAGAAAUUCGGUCAAUUUCGGUCCUACGGUAGGAUCGAUAGAAGAGCGUGCGGAAAGUAUGCCCAUUACAAAUGUGACCACGGGGGUAACACCGGCAGUAGUUCCAGCGCUGAUCGAAUCGUGUAACCGAUUUAUGAGCGUCAAAUCACGCCCAAUAGGCUGUAGGACGUCUGCUCCACCGUCGGCGUUUGCAAACUUCAGGGAAUGUUCCAUGCAGUCCACAGUGACUGACAUUCCUCAGAAUCGAAUCGCUUUCCACGAUACGUUUUCCAACCUGAUCAAACUCGGCAGCAUCGAUAAGGAUCGCACCAACCGGAACGUAAUCUCGACAGAGGAGAGGCUUUGGCAGACGCAUGCCAACGAUCUGAUAUGGCUGGAGCUGCAAGCGUGGCAUGCCGAUCGAACUGUUGACCAGCAGGAUAAAAUCCUCUGUCAAGCUAGAAAUGAGAUUGAUGGGUUGUUAGAAGAAAUUAUGAAUUUCCGCUUUCAGCGACAUCUUGCCAGAAUGAAUAGUGAUUUGAGUUUAACCGACAGUGGAUUUGGAUCUGACGCCACUGCUUCAACGGGUAACGCAGAAUCCUGUCGUCAGUUCUGCUUUGGGUGUCUUUCUAUGUAUUGCAAAGAUUGUUUGGAAAUCCAAACAAUCGCACUGAAACAAGUGGAGGAUCUGUUGCUACGGUUGGAGUCCAAAGAAAGCCUAUUUCCAUCGUCUAAAGCCAUGGGCGUUUCAUUUCCCAUUUAUCAAAGUGAGGAAUUUGUUGGGAGAGUGAAGGCCAUGUGUUUGUGGUACAACAUGACCAAACAACACAGGCUAACGCUACUCAUACUGGGAAAGCUGUUGGCUCGGCUGCAGGGUAGUAAGAAGCCGUAUCAUUGGCCUAUCAUGGAGACCGACAGUUCGACCACAUCCUCGAUUCAGGAGGAAAACGGCGAUACAACCGACAGUGGACAAGCCCCAGAAGCAAGUUCAGCUUCGUCCGGUAGCUGUAGUGGCAGACGAGUUCAGUUUAUUGACGAAGGCAGCCCCUCGGAAAGUGCAAACAGUGAUGAGUCAGGGCGCGAAUACUCAGACAUUGAAGAUUUAUCUAUACGACAACACUACUCCUACACUGGGGAAUCAGAGAUGAGUCAAUACAUAAAUACGUUGAACUUCUACAGCGUAAACUCAAUAACGGAGGCGGCCGCACAUACUGGUGAUAAUUCCACGUCGCUGUACCGAAAGUAUAUUGAGAACGUCCUGAAAACCCGAGGGCUGGGAAAAUCGCUCACAUUUCUGCACCGUUUGCAUAACGUCGUGUUGAGAAAAGCCCAGCUGACGCUCGAAAAACCAGGCAUACAAGAACAGGAGGAUGACUACCUGUUCGGCGAAGAUGACAUUCCCUGCAUCGAACCGCCACUCGAAAAGGUUCAGGAGAGCGAAUUGCGCCGUUACGGGGCUUGGAGCGACGAAGCCAAGAAGUUGAGUCUUCCAUCGUACGUUUCGGCUUUCAUCUUUCUGUCGCUCAUUCCGUUGGAGGUGAUCCAGGAAUUCCUCAAAAUGCGACUGGAAACAAAACCAGUGCAGCCAAAUCCGCUCAGUCUUGAGCAGCACAUCAAGGAACUCAAAGAAGGCCUUACGCUGGCCAUGAUCCAUCGCGAUCGCUUCCAGAAGCACAUCAAUACGGCGCUGUACGAUCGCGAAUCGGAGCUGGAUAAGUACAUGUCGGUGCUGGAAACGUUCGACGGUACGGUGAAGAAAAUCUUCGAGUUGUAUCUGGAGUUUGCCGAACAGUGGAUUUUGGUAGCCACCCCGGAACGAAAUCAAAAGUCAGCGUUGGACGAAGAGUGGCGAUUUACGAAGUUACUUUGUCCGAUGAUUCCAGGACAGCAUGCAACCGCUGCCAAGCGGUUUUGUAAUAUUGUAGAAAAGGUGCUGGAGAAUACCGGCAGGAAGAUGUACUCACGCUUGCGUGAUUUGGAGGAUCAGAUCAAAUUGAUCGACCACAGUGAUAGUGAUAAGUGGGAUAGGAAGUGGCAGUUUUUGGCUCUGUGCCGGAAGACUCAGGAUGUGUUCACCUUUGCGCGUGAGAAAACAAUGAAAACGAUGGCCUUCACCAAGGGACUGUUUCGUGAUUUGGAAAAUGUAGACUUCCAUAGGGAUCAUUGUGAUGAGGAUCACGACGAAGGGGUUGUGUUAAGGAACUCUGUCAAGCACGGAAAAAGCCCAGUGUGCCAAGAAGUAGUGGAUUGUUUACGUUUACUGAAGAAAAAUGCCUUAUUGUUUAGAAACAAGUUGACAACUGUAAUCGAGAAUCUACAAAACGAGUGCCAUGUUCGCAACAUGGCCGAUAUGGACGAAAUGGAUCGAAUCGCUGUUUUGUCCAGGACGCGUGAAAUUUUACACCAAGGGUACAAAUUUGGGUUCGAGUACCACAAAGAUCUGGCAAGGCUCUACGAAGCCAGAGCCGAAAACUGUCGAGAUCUGGAAAGUGAGCUUAAGUUGUCUACCGCGAUUGUCCAUUUCGCCAAACUGUGGAUGAAAUUCGUCAUGGAGCGCUGUGAGCGUGGUCGCGGGCUACGACCUCGAUGGGCCAACCAAGGCUUGGAGUUUCUGAUCUCUGCUUGUGAUCCGCAGUGCACCAGUCACCUCAGCAAUGUCGAGUUCGAAGAUCUCAAGUCCAAAAUGGAUGCCUGUAUUUCGCAUGUAAUCGGCAGCAUUCGAGAACCGGAGCGAAUUCGUCGAUCACCACGCUCGAGAAAGAGCUCGCCAUCCCCCUCACCAUCGCAGGGUCGAUGCUCGAUCCCCAACCUCAACUCAACGAAACCAUUCCAGAACCAGCUCAGUUUACGUGAAGAUUCGGUGAUGUUGCGUCCACACAAUCUGAUCGAUACCAGUGACAUCUACCGAAAACAAACAUCGUACGAAGGCGGGCAAGAUAUAAAAAUUCGUGUGCCGACCAGCACGUUGAUUGGGACGAAGCCGCUGCGUCAGCUGCGAGUACGUGACGCCAUCAACAAGCUCGAUAACGAGCUGAAUGAGAAGUUACGUGAACGCAGCUUGAUUGGAAACGUCAAAGAGAUAAGCUACUGUGAUAAGGCGUUGAACCGGGCCCGCAGCGUGAACUUCAGCUGGCAUCGCGGAAUUAAAAUAGGUCAAGGACGGUUCGGUAAGGUGUACACUGCUGUGAACAACUCGACGGGUGAGCUCAUGGCGAUGAAGGAGAUUGCCAUCCAGCCGGGCGAGACAAGUGCAAUCCGAAAGGUCGCCGAGGAGCUGAAGAUAUUCGAAGGAAUAAACCAUCGGAAUCUGGUGAAGUACUAUGGCGUCGAGGUUCACAGGGAGGAGUUACUCAUUUUUAUGGAACUGUGUCCUGAGGGUACGCUGGAAAGUUUGGUUGAGAUGAAUGGUGGACUUCCUGAGGCGCAAACGCGACGUUACACGAUACAGUUGCUGUCGGGUGUGAAGGAACUGCAUCGUCACGGUGUUGUGCAUCGGGAUAUCAAAACGGCGAACAUUUUUCUUACCAAAGAUGGAAAUUGUUUGAAACUGGGAGACUUUGGAUCUGCCGUCAAAAUACAGGCGCAUACCACGAUGCCGGGAGAGCUGAAGGGAUACGUCGGAACGCAAGCUUACAUGGCCCCGGAGGUGUUCACUAAAACCAAUAGCGAAGGUCACGGACGAGCUGCUGACAUGUGGUCCGUAGGUUGCGUCGUCAUUGAAAUGGCCAGUGGCAAGCGCCCGUGGUAUCAAUUCGACUCCAAUUUCCAAAUCAUGUUCAAGGUAGGCAUGGGAGAGUCUCCGGAAAUUCCCGACUGCCUAUCCGAAGAAGGCCACGACUUUGUCGAAUGCUGCUUGGAGCAUGAUCCCAAGGAACGUCGAACAGCCGUAGAGCUUCUUCAUCAUAAUUUCUGUAAAGUCAGCGACGAUAGUAUCGAGGAUUCGGAAGUGAAAGAGUUGCGGCGUUCUUUCCGCCGCAAUCUACCGUCCAUAUCGUCAGGCACCGCUUGAUAGACGCCUGAAUAAGUCCCAAAAGAAGGUGUAAGAUAAAACAAAUAGCUGCAUGUAUAAUUAUUAGUCACUUUAUUGUUUCAAACGCGUACACAAACAAUUACGAGUAUCUUGAAGACUGUUCAGUAUUGGAGCUGUAACGAGCGAUCAAAGGAGAAGGACAUUACUACUUAAUCUCAUGUUAAGGGCAAACUACCUACGUACUGUUUCCGUCGAGUGGACACAUAAACCGACACACACAUACACACAUAUGCUUCUAACAUUCCAAAGAUUCUACGGCUAGAAGUCGUCGAUUCAUGAAUACUUACACACAUAUAUAUGGGAGGAGCUAAGUCAAUUUCAUUGAGCAGCAUUGGAAUAAAAUUCGACACCGCAAACAAAUACAAGUGCGAUAAGUGUAAGUGCUGGAUAGUUUAAAAUUUGUUAUUGAGGGUGGAUACUCAUCCAUACACAAACAGUACUGUUAUUAGAUGUUUUAUAUUUAAUACACAUAAGUAACUUCAAAUGUAA